AUGUGCUCAGUGCACUACGCGCAAGUUCAUUUCCAUGUUCUCAGUGAACUUCAGGCCCCAUUGGCAUAUGCGGAUGACCCGAACAAAGAACACCGUGUGUGUGAUCCUUGCUUUGAAACUUUGAAACGCAUUGAGGAGUAUGAGAAGAGCCUACGGACAAGCGGGUUGGAAUCGGGUCGUUGCGUUUCUUCAUCUGAAGGGACUGCGGAGAGUUCUCGCGUUGGCACAAAACCUGUCCUAAAACCAACGCUAAAAACGGAAUCCGCAACUGCCAAAGAACUCGAUACUCCGUCUUCCAGUGAUGCUGCAGCAGCAGCAAAACGUAGUGUUACGUUCCGUGAUGGUGUUCAUCCUGGCGACUCGCCAGCCGAUACAACCGAUAAUGCUGCUAGCAGUUCGAAGCAAAGAAAGCAUGGCUCGAAAACACGUGCUUCGUCACGUCGAUUGAAACAGCUUCAUGUCAGUGAGGAAUGCGUGUGCUUUCUUCCCGACGAUGAUAAUUGUUGCUUGCAUUUGAGAAGCUCGGAUGGUGCCAUUGUGGAAUGUGCUAAUGUACAGCAGUACUGCAUACCGGCUCUAAGGAACGAGGAGUCAAUCGAUGUGAUGAUUUUUAGGAAUCUGUGGUGCACCGUCAAACUCUGCGAAUAUGAUGGCAAAACAGCGAUGUGUAUAUCAUCACGCGGAAUGUCGUUUGUGGGGCUCGAUGAAAUUUUUCUUGCUUAUUACUGCGAUGCCAAUUCCCUGGAAUUUCCAAUUGAUUUCUUGCGGAGGAUCUACGAAAUAUAUGAGUUUGCAUUAACUCCUCAAAAUGAAUCGGCAGAUGAGGAACUGGGAAUACGACUUGCGCAUCAUCGUGUUCCAGCCCUUCAUCGAACGACCUAUUUUUCAAAUUCCGAAAAGCCAGUGGCCCGUGAUAUUCUCUUGUUUAGGCCAGCUUUCCAGCGAGCGUUUUAUGGACACAGCGAACUCGGCGUUUUGUGUCGAUUGACCAAUAAAACUGUUAAGGAUUUCAAAAAUCUGCCGGUACCGUCUUCACCGUUUCUGGUGGCGGCAUUUAUUCAUCACUCAGAAUCGAUUUGGGCAAAUGUUAUACCGCAAAGACUUCUGAUAAGGCUUGGCCUUCAGGCUUCAUUUUAUCCGACGCCACUAAUAAAUGAUUUGGAGCGGAAGCCCGUAUACAGCGCAAUAUUUGAUACAAGUGUGCUCAAAAUGUUCAACGAUUUCCGGAACUGGCGCUUUCGCAUGCCG